GGCGGGGUUAUGAGUUUGGCGGCGCGGCGGCUUACCUUCUUGUCAACGCGUUGUUCUAGUCCUGGUUUCUGUUCUACUACACUCUCAACUUCUCAAAAGACAUGUUUGACAGAAUUAAACUCAGAAUACCCUAGUCUCGUCAAAAUUGUGUCUAAUGAAUUAAUACUCAAACAGGAUUUUGUUACAGAGAAGGAAGAGUCAAGUUUGAUAAGCGAACUUGAUUCUGUACUUUGCAAACGAAAGUACCAAACAAAGCACUGGGAUUAUGCUAUUAAGAAUUUUCGUGAGUUGGAACGCAAAAGUUGGCAUUCAACGACCAAUCAGCUUGUUAUAAAUCGGUUGAAAGCAUCAACUACUGUAAGCAAUGGUUUAACAGCAUCAACAAUGGCUAUGGAAGCAGAUGUUGCAAAUAUUGACCAACUAGUACUUCCAUUAAUUCACGUUUUGGAUUUAGCUGAAAAUGGGGAGAUAAUGGCACACGUGGAUAGCGUUAAAUUCUGUGGGGAAUCAAUCGCUGUGCUAAGUUUAUUAUCUGAUUCGAUUUUACGUUUAGCUGUCGCUCCACAAAAAGAAGUAGUGGGUGUUCCGCAAGAUCAGUAUGAUUAUUUAAAAUCACUAAACUUACCACUGAUCGGUUCAUGGAUAGAUAUAUUUAUACCUAGACGAUCCGUGUAUAUUAUGCGUGGUGCACUACGCUACUUAUUAACACAUGCUAUUUUGUCUAAUGAACAAGUCGAUAAAAUACGAAAUGAACAGUCGAUUGAUUUAUAUAAUUUACACCGUGGACGACGUGUUUCGGUUAUUUGUCGUACACAUCCAAUCUGUAAUCUUAUUCCUUAUUAUAAUAAUGUUGAAACAUCGUCGAAUGAUGUAAAUACUUAAUUUUAUGCCGUUAAAGUUAACUGUAUAUAUGCACGUACAUAUGUACUUAAUUGUACUGUAAUUGUUAUUUUAAACAAUAUAAUUAUUCUUACUCAUUAUAUAUUUUGCUUUUAGUUAGUGGAUUUUGUGUUUGAAUUUUUGUCUCUUGUAUUUGAAAAUUGUGUUAUAGCAGAUUUUUUCUAGAAAGUAUUUGAAGGCAAUUCAUACCACGGAAUGACAGAUAGCUAUAUAAAACCACCGGUAGUGCCUAAUAAACGAGUAUUUGGUUUGAAUAUAUGGAACUCAGCGAUAUGCAUCCACAACCCUCUAAAAGAGAGUAGAAUUCAGAACUUUUAGAACGUUCAGCGAAUAUGUUGCAUUUGGUUAGCAUUGAAUAAUUUACAAUCUCAACAUCAGUCACUUCUCGUUAAAUUGUGUGACUGUUGUCUAAUGGUUAGCUGUAUGUUUGUAGCAAGGUGCAUCAAUUUUGAAUUUGACCACUGGUGGGGUCAUGUUGGUCCACAUUGCUAGUUAGUUGUUUAUUAGGAUAAAGCAACUGGAUUAUUUCGUAAUUUUUGACGGUUGUGUUAUCAGUUCAUGAAGUCAUUGAUUUUCGUUCCCGAGCAUUCGGGAUACCCAGACUACUUGGUUUGGAUCCGCGUGAUAAUCACGCUUGGCACUUGAAAAACAUUCAGUAACAUGACUCGAGAUCAGUCACAAAGGGGCAGAUGCAUUCACAAGUUACUCCUUUCCUAGAUCUUCAGUCCCAAUAUUUCUUUAAUGUAUGUCUUUUUGAAUCAUAUCUCCAAAGUUUAGUCCUUGCGAUUACCAUUGAUGCUACAUUAUUCCGAUUCGC